AUGGUCCGGGAAACCAGGCACCUCUGGGUGGGCAACUUACCGGAGAACGUGCGCGAGGAGAAGAUCAUCGAGCACUUCAAGCGAUAUGGACGUGUUGAAAGUGUCAAAAUUCUCCCCAAAAGGGGGUCAGAAGGUGGAGUGGCGGCCUUUGUGGAUUUUGUGGACAUCAAAAGUGCACAGAAGGCACACAACUCUGUCAACAAAAUGGGAGAUAGAGACCUACGGACGGAUUAUAAUGAACCAGGAACCAUUCCGAGUGCUGCUCGGGGAUUGGAUGAUACAGUUUCCAUAGCAUCUCGUAGUAGAGAGGUUUCUGGGUUCAGAGGAGGUGGGGGGGGCCCCACUUAUGGCCCCCCACCAUCACUUCAUGCACGGGAAGGACGUUAUGAGCGGAGACUUGAUGGGGCUUCAGAUAACAGGGAGCGUGCUUAUGAACAUAGUGCCUAUGGACACCAUGAACGGGGGACGGGAGGAUUUGAUCGGACAAGACAUUACGAUCAGGAUUACUAUAGAGACCCUCGAGAGCGGACAUUACAACAUGGGCUCUAUUAUACUUCCCGGAGUCGAAGUCCAAACCGUUUUGAUGCUCAUGACCCCCGUUAUGAACCUAGGGCCCGGGAGCAGUUUACAUUGCCCAGUGUGGUACACAGGGAUAUCUACAGGGAUGAUAUUACACGGGAGGUACGAGGCAGAAGGCCAGAACGGAAUUACCAGCACAGCAGGAGUCGGUCACCACAUUCGUCCCAGUCUAGGACCCAGUCUCCCCAGAGGCUGGCUAGCCAAGCAUCUAGACCCACAAGGUCCCCUAGUGGCAGCGGCUCUAGGAGUAGAUCGUCAAGUAGUGAUUCAAUCAGCAGCAGCAGUAGUACCAGCAGCGACAGGUAG